AUGGACACUGCUCUGGAAGACACUGAACUAUUAGAUCCAGUGGAUAACUUAUAUGAUUCAUAUGAAGAAAUAUUAAUAGAAAUUAAAAGCGAAUUGUUUGAAGAUUUGGAAGAAAUUAAUGGUGAAGAUAUAGAUAUUGAUUAUGCAAAUAAUGAAGGAUAA